AUGUUAAUUAACGAAAAAAAUCUUGAUCAAAUAAUAGAUACGAUUCGAAAACUUCAUCAAACAACAAUUGAUCAACGAUUGGUUGAUUUAACUGAUUAUUUAACUGAAUUUUUGCAAUCUAUUCAAGUAGAACAAUCAAAUAUAUUUCGUACAUUAACGCAACUUAUACGCAAUUCAGAAGACCGUACAGCAUUAAAAAUUGAAUUUCUUAAAGCACAAUGUUUAGAAAUCAUCUAUGCAAAAGUAAACAAUAACGAAAAUGAAAAUAAUAUUAUCGCCAUUUUAGAAUUUAUUAUUGAACUUUUAAAUAACUCGGAAAAUGUUCAAGAAAAAUUUCUUCAUUUUAAUGGUUAUGAAAAAUAUUUUAAAUUACUUUCUUAUAUUCAUUCACCAACAAUUGAAUUCAUAAAUCAAUUAAUUGUUCUUAUGAUUGAAAAAUCUACAUUACCAAAUGAAGAUAUAAUCAUAUUUCCGAUUGAUUCAUUUGUUAUUUUUACUAAUCCACAUAUUGCUGUAUCAUUAUUAUAUUGGAUACCAUAUUUGAAUGAUAUAUCACAUCAAUGUCAUAUUAUUUCUUCAAUUGAGAAAAUUAUAUUACGUUCAUUACAAAAUAAAAUGAUGGCUUGUUCAAAUAGAAUUAUUUUUACUCUACUUGAUGUAUUAAAAAUAAAUAAUAAUGAAAAAGCGAAUAAAUUAGAUGAAAAAAUUCUAUUCAAUAUUUUUUCAUUAUUAGAAAAUUUAUCUCGAUUUUCAAUAAAUGCACAAGAAAUUCGACUUAUAUGGCAAUUAUUUCAUCAAAAUACAUCAUUAAAAACUCAAUUAUUACAAUUAUUAAUAACAGCAGCGAAAUAUGAUGAUCCAGAUACACAAUCGAUUUCAUCUUAUUUUGAUUUACAACGACCAAAUAGUGGAAUUAUUUUGCCUGUUAUUCAUCGUUGGUCAUCAUUAUCAUCAUCACCAUCAUUAUCAGCAACAACAUCUUCAUCAUCGCCAUCAUCUCCUCAUUUUUCAUUUCAUUGUUGGUUAAAAUUGAAUCAUGAAAUUGGUUCUUAUCCAUAUGGAGGACGUCGUCAAAUCUAUUCAUUCUAUUCUCAAUCGAUUGGUUUAGAAUCAUUUAUACGUAGUUCAUCAAUCACUGUAUUGAUAACUGAUCAUCGUGAAAUUGCUUAUAUUGAAAUAAAUGAUUGUGAUGAUUUAUUUGAUGGUUAUUGGCAUUCAUUAACUAUCGUUCAUACAGCACAACGUCCGUCCUUAUUUGGUUCAGCAUUUCAAACAACAUUAUGCUGUAAUUUAACAAUCUAUAUUGAUGGUUCAUUGAGAAAAGAAAUAAAAAAUUUUAAAUAUGUAUCAAAUAUAAAUGAUCCAAUUACUUCAGCUUCAAUUGGUUCAUCAAGUCAACGACCAAAAUCACCUGAAAUCAAACAAAAAAAUGAAUCAUUAUCAACAACACUUGUAAAAACAAUUCAACCAUUUAAAGGUUUAUUUACAUCACGAGCAAAACCUACAAACAUACGUAAAGAAAAUCAAGGAUUCUAUUCACAAAAUGUCAUGAUUAUUGAACCUGAAAGUCAAGAAGCAAUAUUUGGUCAAUCAAUUUGUUUAUAUGGACAAAUAGCAUGUAUUUGGAUAUUAACUGAAACAUUAGAUGAACAACAAGUUAAACAAUUAUAUGAAAUGGGUGGUGAUUUUUGUCAUCAAUAUCAUUCUUCAAUGCUUAAUAACGAUACUUCAAUAUCUUCAGUAAUAUUUGAUUUAAUUUCUACACGUUCACUUCUACUCUAUCAUCCAUUAGCAUGUAAUGGUCAAAUUUGUAUUGAUAUAUCUAGUUGUUCUACACAAAUAAAUGGUCGACUUAUAAAUGGUUCAUGUUUACGUCUUUAUCCAUUUUCUGAAUCACUUGUUAAUCUAGGUGGUUGUCCUAUACUUUACCCAUUAAUUGAAUUAUUUCAAGAAAAUGAUUCGAAUAAUAUAUUAUCUUAUGAUCAAACUAAAACAUCAGAUAAUCGUCAUAAUCAUUUCUAUUCAAAUCCAAUUGCAUCAAUAAUUUAUUUAAUUCGUUGUAUUUUAUCUUCAAAAUCAAUGAUUAUUUUAACUGAACAAAUAGCGCAACAUUAUAAUAUUGAAAUCUUAGGUGAAUAUUUAAAUCAUAUAUCAUCAUCAUCUUUUAUUGAUCAACAAUUAUUAAUGUCAAUUGAAGAAUUAAUUGAAUCAAGUCGAUCUAUAAACUCCUUACAAUUAUUAACUAUUCAAUUAAUUCAACAUAUUUUAUUUAAUUUUACUCUAUGGAAUAAAUCGAAUUUUCAUGUACGAUUAUUACAUUUACAAUAUAUAUUAAAAGUUAUUAAAGAAGAGAAAAAUUUCGAUCGAGAUAAAUUUGGUAUACAAUUCUUUUUAGAUAUUCUUAAACAACACUUCAAUACAACAAAAGGUGAUAAAGAGGAACAACGUGAAUUACGUGAUAUUAUUUAUGAAAUAAUGAAAUAUUUUUUUCAAAAUCAUACUUCUAUGAAAGAUUUAAAUGCAUUACUUUCGACAAUAUCUGUAUUAUCUGUAUUAAAUGAUGAAAUAACAUAUGAAUUACUUGAAUUUAUCGUUGGUUUACUUACUCCAACAUCGCCAUUUCAUGAACAAACAAUUGAUUUCCUAUGUGAAUCAAAUAUGAUUGAAGGUUUAUAUUCACUUUUAGUUGUGAAUAAUUUAUCAAGUCGAACAAAAGAAAUAAUUUUAAAAAUAAUGAAAUGUUUUAUUGGAUCAAAACGUACAUCACAACAAAUACGAGCUCAAUUAAGAUUAGAAACAAAUCAUAUUGGUUUUGGUGGUAUUAUAUCUGGAAUAGCACUUCAUGAAAUAAAUGAAUCGAUUGUUCAAGAAAUUCUUAAUUUAAUCAUUUCAUCUAAUUCAGCAAGUGCUCUUCAUCAUCUUAAUAUUGUUUUAACACUUUGUAGUGCUGCAUCCAUUAAUGUUCGUCAUAUAGCGAUGCGUAAACUAAUGACCUAUUUUCUAAAUCAUCCAGCAGCAUGUCGUUUGUAUGCGAAAUGUCAUGGAUGGCAAGAAACUUUAGCUAACUUUUUUGUUAAAAUGCGUCGUUCAAGUUUAGGACCGUUAAUGAAUCAACAUCAUAAUUCAUCUCCAAAUCUGCUAUAUUCAUCAACAAGAAAUCUAAGUCUUAAUUUGGGUCAAGAAUGUUCAAAAUCUUUGGAUAUGAAUAAUGAAAAUCAACGUCGAACAUCAGCACCACAUUUGGAUAUAGCAAGUUUACAUGAUCUAUCACCAGAAAAACCUAUUUCAUUAUCAGUAGAAGAUAUAGCAACUAAUGUAGAUCUAAUACAGUUCGAAACACCUUCCGAACAAUGUUUAACAUCAAAUUCUACUGAUAAAUCAAUGGAUGUUUUAACUAAUACAAAAGAUACAACUACAGAUUUACAUUCUUUAUCAAAUGAAAUAAUAAUAACACCACCAUCAUCAAAUUUCGGUAGUAGAGAAGAUCUUAUAUCAUUACUUAAAACAGAAAAUUCAAAUGAAAAUCUUAAUGAGAUGAUGAAAAAUGAUAAUAAUAAUUUAACAACAACAACAACAUUACAACGAACAAGUACCAGUACAAGUAUGCCACAACUCUAUGAUGAUAAAGAAAAUAUUAGAGAGUAUAAUCAAUUUAGUUGUGAAUACAGAAAUUUUCUAGGUUGGCUCAUUGCUUUAGUUUGUAAUGAUAUCAAAGCUUUGGGUAUAAAAAGUACUGAUGAUUCAUCAUUGUAUAUGCAAUCAUCUAUUAACAUUUCCAUAGUUGAUAUUCUUGAAGAAAUGUGUGAAACAUUAAUUUUAGCAAUUGUUAUGAUUUUAUGGAAAGGAAUUGUUGAUUCUGAUGAUACAGCUUGGACGAGUCGCGGUCAAAUCUUCUCAGCUCUUCGACAUCUUCAUCGUGAACAUGAUUUAUAUUUACCAUUAGAUUAUAUUGAACGACGUAUUUUGGAAUUAAGUAUGGAAGCCUGUCUAGAUGAUAUUAAAUUAGAUAAAGAACAUUCUCAUGAUCGUCUCUAUCGACGACGUAUUAGUUUAACUGGCAUACGUAGACAAACACCGAUCUAUGAAAAUAAUUGUCGUGAAUUAAUAAAACUUGUUAAUGAUUUUCUUUCACAAUCCACUGAAAACAAUGAACGAAUAACAGAAAAUUUUGUUAACGGUAUUAUUCCAAUACUUGAUAUAAUGCUUAUGUUAAAAAUCAAUGAUAAUACUAAUCAAUCGAUGAGUGCAUAUAUUUCUCAUCAUGAUCAUUAUUCCGAAACAUCAUUAACUGGUCUUAAUAUUCUUCUUAUUCUUCUUGCUCAUCCAAAUCAAACAUUUUGUAGUCAAGCUUGUAAACGUAUUUAUGCAUUAUUAAAAUCGCGAUCAUUAAAUGGACGAGAAGAAGCAGCUUAUUUAUUAUCAAAAGUAAAUCAUAUAUUUUUAUCGAAAUUAAAUGCUGAAGAUGCAGAACAACAAACAUAUUUAUUAUCGCUAAUGAAAUUAAUUAUGGAAAAAUCUUUUGAUUUAUUAGAAAUGCAAAAAGAAAUUUCAAAUAUACCAUUUUGUCGUGAAAUAUUAAGUACAUUUGAUGAUUUUUGUCAGUGUAUUUUAUCAAUGAAUCGAAAUGAUUGGCAAAUGUUUAUUCAAAAAGUUACUGAACCAUAUGCUGAUCAUUAUUGUUCAAUGUCUGUACGACCAUUUCAAAUGAAUAUGAAAAUAUGGUGGAAUAAUUGUCAAGCAAUGAUAAAUAUUAGUAUAGUUAAACGUAAUCAACAAAUUGAAGCUGAAAAACUAAAAUUUCAAACUUAUAUUGUUGAACCAUGGCAUCAACGUAGUCGUUUAGAUGAACAACGAGC